AUGGCCAACCGAGGUGGUGGUAUGGUAGCAGGAGAUCGUAAUUUUCGACCUCGACAACAGCCAGUCCAAGACAACGAUGUACAGACAGUAAUCCAUGCAAUUAAGGAUGACAAUCUAUCUCUUAAACGGAAACUGAAUGAGCAGGACGAUAAGACCAAAAAGCUGUUUACAAAGAUACAACGGUUGACGGAAGAAUUAAAGAGAGCUAAAGAUAUUCCCGGUCCACGAUCGGGAGUCGCGAGUACUCGACCAGAUCAGGAAACAGAUGAUCUCAUUAAUGAACUGAGAUCACAAGUAUCUGAAUUACAGAAAUCAAAUUCAAACCUGAAGGGAAAGGCCCAAUAUUUCAAGUCACUCCAUGAUGCUGAUAGUAGGAAAAAUGGUCUGUUUGAUCAUGUCUCGCCAAGAGUCAACUCUGGAAUGCAACGAAGAUUGGUACCGGCUCUUGUUGUCAAGAGCCGGCCACCGCCAUCGAGUGCUGACUAUGGCGCAAUGGUGGAAGAGAUUGAAAAACUGGACGAUAUCGUCAACAUGUUGCGUGAAAAAGAAAUGCACAUGGAGCAUGAAAUGGACGAGAUGCGUGCUGAAAAUAGAUUGCUCCGUGAAUCUCAGGAUAGCAAUACAAUGAGAGGCGACGUAGAUCGAGUCGCAUUACAACGUGAACUUACAGAAAAAGCCAAACGUAUACGAGAAUGGCAGACACGUUAUGAUCAACUUGAAGACAAGUUUCGGUCUACAAGUGAUGCUCAUCAAGAAUCAGUUCGAGCCAUGGAAGACUUGAAUGCUCAAAUCAAGGAAGAGAGACUGCGUAAUGCUGAACUAGAACGUCUUCAUCGUAAGAAUGAGGCUGCUAAAGGAUCUGAAGCUGAGCUGAAUGAGAUCAUAAAUGAUCUCAGAGAGGAAAAGAAAUUGCUUGAACAAGAGCAAGCCAGAAUGCUUCAGAAUGCUCUCACCUCUGGAAGAGGUGACAGUGUAGAAGUGGAGGCACUGAGAAAAAAGAUUCUUUCCCUUGAGCGAGAACUUGGAGAGAAACUGAAAGAAAAUGCUGAUUGGGUCAACAAGUACCAGCUCAUCAAUGAGGAGCUCAAAUCAACAAAGAAUGCUGGACAAGAUGCUAACGUACGAAUGUAUGAUACGCAGUCACGGCUAGAAGAGCUGGAAGAGAGGUUGCGAUGGUUUUCGAAAAAUGGAGAGAUCGACCUUGCUGAUUUGGAAGAAGCAUUGACCAUGAUUCGACUGAAACGAGAGAGAGGUCUCUCUCUAGACUUUCUCAUGAAUUUGGAUGAGCUAGAAGAUGACAAACGAAUGCUGCAAGAUUUGCGCACACAAUAUGCUCAAUGUAUACAAGAGCUGGAAAAGGCACGACGAUUACUCGCUUUACAGGAAGAAAUCAAUCGAGAUUACAAGAAUGAAUGUGAAGCACUGAAUCGUAGAAUGCAGGCUCUCAAGAACGAAUAUGAAUUGAGAUUGGAAGAAGAUGCAAGACUGCUCGACCUGCGUGCAAACAAAUUGGCUUACCUGGAAGGUCAAUUGAAGAAUUUGGCCCAUGGGACUACAAAUGUUCAUACAAGCACAGGAAUCGAGGCGGAUGACGACGUCGUUCUCGAAAAUGGUCAAAAUCUAGUACAAAUACACGUAGAUGGUGCUCUGAUCAGUGAAGAAGGAUGGACAACUUUGCGAAAACUUGGUCUUGACUACACAGAUUCUACUCAAGCUGUAUUUUUCGUACAUUUUGAUUUCUUCAACUUUGAAACUCAAGUCUCUCCGCUCGGUCUUGGUUUACGACCUCAAUUUAAUCUGUCGUCUGGGUUUAAAGUCUUUACCGACGAUUUUUUCUUGACGUAUCUCAAGAGUCAUUCCAUGACAAUGACAUUGUGUCGUGCUGUCGGUGUUGAAUUUCUUCCCGUUGCAUCAUGCUCUGUAUCAUUCCAAGGAUUGACAGACCCCGGCCGUACUGGCAGACUGCAAUACUAUGCAGAUCUUGUCAGCCUACAUGACGGGAAAAGUGUUAUUGGAAAAAUUGACUACUCGCUUCGUGUGCAUUUGCCAAUGUCUGAAGUCAUCAAGGCAUUUAAGGAGAGAUCUUUUGCGUUGAAUUUACUGCAUUCAAGUGAUUUCCAAAAAGCACAUGUCCCAGCUCAAGCAGCCGUGAAUCACCUCGUGAUACGCAUCAACAAUUGCUCGCGGCUCGUACCACCUUCUGGUUCGUCACCCGCAGUAUUCGUAGUAUGCUCGUUGUACGGACAACAGAAUGUAGUCACGGAGACCAUUCGUAGUACAACUCAUCCUCUUUUCAACUUUGUCAAAACGGUGCCAAUUCCAGUCACUCAUGAUGUGGACCGGUACUUGCGAACUACCAAUUUGGAAUUCCUCGUAUUGGACGAAAACGAAACACAUGGUGAUUACGUGUAUGGUGUUGCCAAGAUUCCAUUGCUUGGUUUGGCUGUCAACGAAUCGAUCGAGGGAGAAUUUGAACUCUUGGGUCAAUUUGUUGGGGAUGGUGCCAAAAUACGUGUUUCAAUAGAAUGGGAACGGCCAUAUCGACUAGAUGAUCCCAAGGUCGUUUCACUGUUCGACGCUAGGUCUACUAUGGCUGAAAUCAAACAAGACGUAACUCCAAAUUCGUCAAGCAAAGGGGUUACAGGAUCUAAAUCUAGUUUGGCACACAACAAUCAAGGGGAGCCCUUCAACUCUGUGAAAAGUACAACAAACCACUUAAAAUCGUCUGAAAUACCCAUAGUCAAGCCACAAUCGGUGCAAACUCUGGAGGAAGUUGUCUCGCCGAUAAAAUCCGCGACACCAGCUCAUGACCGAUCUCCCACGUUUACAACGCUACCAUCCAGUCAGCUGGAAAAGGCAGCGUCCAGUCAUUCGACUCAUCACAGUGUAGCACACUUGAGUAAUAGCAGCCAUAAUUAUGUCGCCGAAUUAGUCAAACCAGUCGUCUCAGAGCAACAGCCGAAAAGUCUGAUAGACCAACCCAAAGAGAAGUCGAUAAAUAGACUUGAUGGAAGAGCCAGUAGUCAUGAGAGAACACCGUCACCGUCAACUCAUAUAUCAGACACAGUGCAGUUGGCUUCUUUUGAUCACCCACGAGAAGCCUCUGCAACCAACACAAAGCACUCAACCACCGAAAUAAAACACUCAUCACGUAAUCUAGAUAAACUUACCAGUGAUUCUCGAGAAUCUUUACGGUCACGGCAGGCUCUCGCUGCAGCAUUACCACAAGUAGAGACGUUACGUCAACUACACCACCAUCGUCCUGGCUCGGCACACAGCUUGUCAGAGUCGGAGACCACUCCAACCCAGCGAGAUGUAAGAGAGGACAGUGAACUCCGCACGACAGAAUCUCCUAUAAAAUCUCGUAUGAAUCGAUAUGAUAGUGAAUCAAGCACCGCAGAGUCUCCUAUUACGUCUCGUAUCGAUCGACAGGAUAGUGAUCUCAACACAACGGAAUCUCCUAUGACAUCUCGCAUGAAUCGACAAGACAGUGAAUUCAGCACGACGGAAUCUCCUAUAAAGUCUCGUAUGAAUCGACAAGACAGUGAACUCAGCACGACAGGAACACCUAUCAAAGCUCGCAUUAUUAGACAAGACUCUGAAUACUCUACCACUUCUCCGGUCAAAGCUGGCGAUUCUAGACAGAGCAGCAUUUAUAGACAGGGUCCCCACAGCGCUGAUGAGGCACUCGAGCGAAAUCAAUUUGGUGGUAUUGACGCCUCAGAGUCUGAAUACGAAACGGAUGGCCAAAAGUCUCGACCAUUGUACACAGCAUCUGAUGCAGAAGGCAGCGAAGCAGCUGCUCCACCCUACCGAAAUCUCGCCCGUUAUAAAUCAGAGUCGUCGUCGCCUUCCGUAUCCAUGUCUGAGGGAGAAGCAGUAGGAUUGCAAUCACAAUCACAACAAAGGGCUUCGCUGCUCUCUCGUUACGUCUCAGAGACAGACGAAGAAGAGGAAGAUCCAUAUCCUGGUAUGCGUACUAUGGAUGAAGAUGAUGACGAUGACUAUGACGAUGAAACCGACGAUGACGACAUAGAGCCAGUGUUGAAAGUCAAUGAGCAGGAUGAUGACGAGGAGGAUGAUAACUUGUCUCUUGAAGAAGGAGACCAGCGGAACGAUACUAAAUCGUUGCCACCGCUACCAAAAACGUCGUCGAAGCCAACCCUUAUCACAACUCCUACUCCACUGGAAAAUGGUGUGACUAUAUCAAUAGGAGGCAUUCGCUUCGACACAGAGUCUGAGGAAGCUAUGGAGUUGCUCAAGAGUGUGAAACAAGUGUUUGUAGGGUUUGAGUUCUUGGAUGCAGCGCCAGAGGAGUUAGAAACCCAUUCGGUCUCUAUGGUAUUCGACAAAGGAAUUCCUCGGGACGUCAUCUUCUCGUUUGCCAAAUUCUUCGAUAUGGACGCCAAGAAACAGGCAAAGGACAGAUCAACGCUCUCAAAACUGAUAAAAUCCCGAAAUCCAUACAUUACAUUUUGUGUGGUCAGUGAACCACCCGAGAACGGUACUCAAGACGAAGAAUGUGUUGAUUUGGCUACUGCUAGACUUGAUUUACGUGAUGCCAGACGAGAGGAUAUGAUUGAAACGGGACUACAACUGUUCAAUAUGGAAGGAGACGUGCAAUUGGGUGAACUUGUAAUAAGUGUAACAGGGCAUUCAGUGUUGGAUGAGCUAUGUAUGUAA